GGCAGCGGGGCUCUACCGCCUAAACCAUAGACUGGGCUGACCCAGAGGGAAAGAAAUGCAGGUUAACCUGCCACGGAAGCUUGCAACAGCCUAGCAGCCCCUUCUUCCCUGGGGUGAGCAAGCUCUUUGCCAUUCCUGGCCCCAAGCUGCCGAGGUGCAGCCUGUUACCUUGGAGACAGCUAACACUUAUCUCACAGGCAAGUGGCACCGUAGAGUUGUUUGGAGGAACUUGGAGCAAGGAGAAGUGGGAGCCAGGAGAAGAGGCGUCCUGCUGUGCCUUCUCCCAAAGAUGAGGACAUAAAUGAAGAAAUGCAGAAAUGCAGCAUGGACAGAAAGACUGACAGAGAUCCACAGAAGCAACCAGACCAGAAGGCCAUGAACGCACGUGCCCAAAAUCCAGAUGAUGGAUUGCUGGUUACACAUGUUAACCAGACCCAGGACCUACUGAGGCUGCAGGGAAGUGAAACUCAGGCCUCAGACCUGGAAGACUCUGAAGACUGGCUCUCAACUCACAGCUUAAAGUCUGAGAAACUCACCUUGCCUGACCUGAUAAGCCACGGCACAGUUGAACUGAACGAGCGUGGCGAUGCUGUGCCCAAAGUGCAUUUCUCCGCCCAGACCAUCCGCCACUUUGAAUCAAAGCUCUCCGACACUAUUAAGCUCUAUCAGCGGAGGAUGCGGUGGCUCACAGAAAACAGCAAGAAGGCAUUUGGCCUCAUCAAGGGAGCAAGAGUGGGACUCCUCAUCGGUGCGUCCCAGGUCAGCAGUGAUGCUCAGAGAGAAGAAUUCGAAAAUGACCUCACAAAUCUCAUUGACGAGCAGCUGAGCCUCAAGGAAAAGUUGUAUGUCCUGUCCUUCGGUGUCACCACCAAAACCCUCUGGCUGGACCCUGUGGAAGUCAGCACCUCCACCCUCCAGGAACUCAAGCUCUGGGUAAAGAAGCUGCAGCCUGAGGGAAGCAGCAACCUGCUACAAGCCUUGAAGAAAGUCUUUGCUCACAAGGAGCUGAAUUCUCUGGUGGCCAUUUUGAGAAACUGUCCAGAUCAGCCUUCUGAAGUCCUGUCUGACUACAUCCAGCAAUCCAGCAUAGGGCGGGACCUCGUCAUUCAUGUCACCACCUACAAAUGCGAUGAUCACAUGCCCUCUGCUGUUCUGAAGAACCUCACGGAUGCACUUGGGGGUUCCUACCACUGCUACAGCCCAGAAUCUGAGCUCUAUACCAACAGGGACGUGGAUGAGCUCCGAGCAGAAACCCAAAAGGCUCAAGACCUCCUCAGCCAGGUGCAAGCCCUAUGUCACAACAGCCCGUGUGAGGAGCUGACCUGCAUGAUCAAGGAAAUCUCUACAGAGAUUGCCAAAGGACCAUUCAUAAGCCUCUUGCCUAAACCCCCGAGUCAUGAAGCUCCUCUCGCCAUCAAGUUCCCAGACUUGGACAAGACUUCUGCAGAAUGGCUGAAGAUCAAUGGCCUAAAAGCCAAGAAGUUAAACCUUUAUCAGAUUCUGGCACCCAACACCUUCAGUCCUGUGGAAGAAUUUGUGCCCAUUCUACAGAAAACAGUUUCAGCUACUAUCCAUGAGAAAGCAAUGGUACAAUUUGAAUGGCAUGAUGGGACAGUGAAGAAUAUUCACGUGGAACCACCCUUCCUCUACGAGUACCAGAAGCAACUCGGGAAAGCAGUGCAGAUGUACGAACAGCGGCUACAGUGGCUCUCCCUGGGCAGCAGAAGAAUCUGGGGAACAGUCUGCGAAAGGAGGGUUGUUAUACUGCUGGAUGUCUCGGUGACCAAUUCCAUGUACAUUAUUCAUAUCCAGCACUCCCUGCGACUGCUGCUGGAGGAACAGAUGUCCAACAAAGACCACUUCAACAUCAUCGCGUUUGGAAGCACAGUUGAGAGCUGGAGACCAGAGCUGGUUCCCGUGAGCCAUGACAACUUACAGAGCGCCUGGCGGUGGGUCCUGGGCCUACAGUGUCAAGGAAGCAGAAAUGUCCUCGGUGCCCUGCGGAAGGCCGUAGAAGUGGACUUCAAGGAUAAAGGCAAACAUGCGUCUCAGGGCAUCUACCUCUUCACAGGGGGUGUCCCUGACCAAGAUGUGUCCUUGCUGAGCACCUAUGUGGCAGAGGCCUGUGGCGGUUGCGACCUCCAGCUGAAUGUCUGCCUCUUCUAUGUGGGAGAACCACUAUUGGACACCCCGCCCCCUGCCUGCUACGCCAGCCGGACUGACACAGCUGCUGCCUACAAAGAGAUCACCCGGGCUGCCAGAGGUCGCCUGCACUGGUUUGGGGAAACAGGUAUUUAUGAGAGUGAUGACAUCAAUGCCAUCAUGUCUGAGAUAGAAAAAGCCCUCAACUUCUCCCAAAAGUGUGCCUUCCUUGUGGCUUCCCUGAAGAACCACUCUGGAAAAGAACUGCAAAACGCAGCCCUCCAGAAAGACAAGCCAAGGAUGCUCAAGCCAAGUUCGUCCAAGAAUCUCUGUCCUCCCAAGCCCACAGCCCCCUCGGUGGCCAGAAUGAGCGUUAAAGAUGCCCGGGAUGGAGAAAAGAGAGUUGAAAACCUGAAAGUUCUGAAGGGUCACCCCCUCGGUGGUGAAGGAAGCCCCUCUCCAGCCGCAGCCCAUCCCGGGAAAGAAGGGAUGAUGGGACAAAAGAGGAAGGGCAAGCCCAGAUCAGAAGAGCCCGCACUCUCUCUCUUCUACACAGAUUCAGGGAACAGUGUGGGCUCUGUGUACAAGAGGUACCCUCAAGGGAAGUCGGUUAGGAGGACUAACUCUUCUAUUGAGCUGCCCAGGAAGGAUACUGUUUGCUCAAGUCGAGAGUGGAUAGCCACCUGCGGGCUGAAGAAACUGAAGCUGAAGCUCUCCAAAUGCCUCGGCCCCAGCUGUAGACGUCAGAAGUUGGCACACAGGGCAGUGUCUGCCAAACACUGCUCUGUCAUCCCCAGCAUAGAGAUCAACGGAGUAGUGAGGCACAUCCAGUGGACGCUGUGGGAAAUGGAGACGUAUAUCACGUCCAUGGAGAAGGUGAUGAGGGGCUACGUGCAGAGGCUGCAGUGGCUGCUGUCUGGGAGCCGCAGGCUGUUUGGCACCAUCUUGGAAAGCAACGUGUGCAUAGUACUGGACACGUCGGGAUCCAUGAGCCCCCACUUGCAGUGGAUGAAGACAGAGAUGGUCCUGCUGAUUUGGGAGCAGCUGAGGAAGCACUGUGACAGCUUUAACCUGCUCAGCUUCGCAAAGGACCUGAAGCCAUGGCAGAACACUCUGGUGGAGACCACAGAUGCAGCGUGUCACGAGGCUAUGCAAUGGGUGACCCACUUGCAAGCCCAGGGGAACACCGCGUUCUUGUCAGCUUUAAUGAAAGCUUUCAGCUUUCGGGGCACGCAAGGCCUGUAUCUCCUAACGGACGGGGAGCCAGACACAAGCUGCAGCCUUAUUCUCAACACUGUGCAGAGGCUCCACAAGGAGAGAGACGUGAAGGUGCAUACGAUCUCCCUGAGCAGCACAGACAGAGCAGCAGUUGAGUUCCUGAGGAAGCUGGCUUCCCUCAGCGGGGGACGCUACCACUGUCCUGUUAGUGAUGAUACCCUUAGCGGGAUUCAAGGCUUGCUCACCAGAGGCUUCAUCGAGGAAAAGGACCCCAAGUUACCACUGUUUGAGGGGGAUGACCUAAAGAUACUGGGCAAGGAGGUCACCAAGGCUAGAAGCCUCCUCAAGCAAGCCCAGGUCUUCAGAUCCCAGCUCCUGAAGAAGAGUAACAUGGAAUCAAAAGUCACUCUUUGCUAGAGACAUGUUCUCAGUGACUCCUGCUUAUCUGUCAAAGCACAACUCAGAUAGCAUUGGAUCCACUGCGAAGAUGGCCCUGGUACUCGUCCAGAGCUAAGGACCUCCAGUCCCAUCUGGAUGCUUCCGGCCUUCCUCUUCUUCUGGCUUUCCGGACCGACUGUGCCUCUUGCAACAUUCAGCACUGCAGACUGUGAUACCCUGCUCAAUGUCCUAACUCGUCUUGACCAUGGUUCUUCCCCCUGUCCCAAGAAGCUGCUGUCUUAACUGUCCAUGGAUCCCAGAACCUGCCAGAUGGCAGUUGCAUGGUAAGCAGUGAGCACCCAGCUCUGGAUAGCAGCUCAAUGAGGCUGCUUCUCCUGGUUCCUCCCUAUACUUCUUACCAUCUGAAUCUAUGGGCCAAAGCAGCCACUAGCAGCCUCGCUUGGGGGAAGACACAGCCAAGCCCCGUCAUCACCUCCAUCACCUGCUAACCAGGGGCUACUUAUGAACCAGUAUGGCCUCUGAAAGGCAGAUACAUCCUUUGAACCCCGCUAUCCUAUGUACACAUGAACGGGAGCAUCAUGUGAUAGAUGAUCUGAU